AUAUACCUAUAUUUUGCGUAAUAGGCCGGUUGAAAUACUCCAAGGCCCCAACGCAAAGAAGCACAAUAGGCCAAACUAUUAGUUACAGUUAGCUGCAAUAUUUAUUUAAUAGAGUGUUGGUUCUGAAAAAUGAAGCUACAUAGUUUGACUGUAGUUGCAUUUGGAAUUUUAUUUGGAAAUUUUGCGUUGGGUCAGACUCUUCCAAACUGCUUAGAGGAGCAAACCUUAUACACAUACACCGACUGUGAUUCUGAUGGUGGAAGAUGGAGAGUGCAAGUUCCAAGAAACCCUGAUGUUUGUUCUAUUACACAACCAGCAACCCCACUUCGAGGGAAAAACUGCGGUUUUGCAUGUGAGGCUGGCAAAUACCUUGAUCUUGCUUCACAAGAGUGUCAUAAAUGUCCACAAGGAACAUUUUCACUCGGCAGUGGCGUCCGUUUUGAUGCCUGGGAUGUACUGCCUAUGGGAUUUGAGACAUAUGCAGAGUCAGUGGCUUUCGCACAAUAUGGAUACCAUUCAAAAAAUAACAACUGCAGCAUGUCUGGAUGGAAGCCCGCAGGUCAAUACAUCGUAUCCAACAAAGAUGACUGUACCAGCUCACUCAGUUUUAAUGUUGAGUUAAAGCAAAAAGGCUCGGUGUCGUUCACAUACCAAUACUCUGACCCUGACGUAGUGUUUCAUUUUUAUGUCCAAAACGACAUGUGCCAAACCAUACAUGAUCACUCUAGGAACGUAUUUCUCAACACAACUGGUACAGAGCUUAAGAAAUGGAAGGCUGACUUGGAACCUGGUGCAUACAUCCUAUAUUGGAAAACCACUGGGAUUAUGGUUGGUAACCACAAGACACUUGACCCAGUCAAGAUAAGCGUGAUUGAGAUAACAGGUGUUUCAUAUUCCACGGAAUGCCAUAAGUGUCGGCCGGGUUACUACGCCGCUAAAUCUGGCUCACGUUGGUGCGAGUUGUGUCCAGUGAACACUUUUAGUGACCGUGGUGCACACGAGUGCUCCCCGUGCAACUUGGACUUACAGUACGCGCCAAUUGCGUCAAGCGAGUGCAAAAGUCGACCAGCUUGUAAAGAAAAGGAUUAUUUUGCAACGCAUUCUGAGUGUGAUUCUAAGAAAAUGACAAAGAAAAUGUACAAGUGGAUUGAACCAAAAGUUUGUUUGGACUCGUUGCCGGAUUCUGUUUCACUUCCUCCAUCCGGCCAAGAAGAAGAAUGCUCUCCCUGUAACCCUGGUUUAUAUCCUUCAACCAACUCAACUUGUAAACCAUGCCCAGCUAACACUUUCUCUGAUGGCUCCCACGAGUGCCACGCGUGUCCUGCCAGCACCAAACCACACUAUGGAUUCUUUAACUUAUGGUGGCAACAACUACCUGCAAAUAUGAAGACUUCAUGUAUAGGGCUCUCAAAGUUAGAUUGCAGCCAGAAAAGGGGUUGGGAAGCAGCUGGAGAUGAAGUUAGGACGGUAUCCAUUGACUCUGGUGAAGCUUAUCUUAUUUUAGUGAUGUCACUGCAUGGGUUUAUUGAGAAAUUGAAUGAAAAAGAGUUUGGUCGAAUUACUUUUGCUUUCCAACUGGACUGUGACGGAGAAUGCCAGCUCUAUUUUAUGAAGGACAUACGAAAUGUUGGAACAAAUGUUGUCGAAAGUUGGAGAAAUGAACAACUCAAGCAAACAUAUACAUAUUCAAUCACCAGCAAUGAGAAAGAUGUCUCAUUUACAUGGGCCUUUCAAAAAAGCAAAGGGAACCCAACGGACACUGCUCGUGUUUUCCUUGUCAACGUCACAAACACUGUCGGUAGCUCAGCGGACAGCUGUACACAGUGUGCGGUGGGACAAUCAGGAGGCGACAAAUGCAUUCCCUGCCCCAAAGGGAGUUUCAUAGACCCAACCACAAAGCAGUGUGUGGCCUGUAGUGGUAACAACAGGCUAAAACUGGAUAAAACCGGUUGUGAGCCUUGUGGUGUUGGUACAAAGACAAAUAUGCAACAUACAUAUUGCACCAAUGAUUGCUAUUUUAAUUCUCCAACUACAAACCGUCAAUACAACUUCACUGGCCUCCCAAGAACCUAUACUGCUGUCACUGUUCCAAGUUUCACAAGUUCGGGGCGAAAAUACAACCAUGUUUAUAACUUCAGUCUGUGUGGAAAUCAGGGCGUAGGUUCUGCAGAAUGCAUUGAUAAUAUAACAGCAGCAAACCAGUUUUCAAGUGAAAAACCAAGUGACAGUGUAAUGGGGAUGGUGUGUAGAUCAACUGCUGUCAUCAUGUAUGGCAACCAACAAGACCAUGUUACUGUUCAUUCUCAGCCCACGUUAUUUUCCACUGCCCUUUCCGAAGUAACACAGAAAGUCAAUGAAACUAAACCACCGUUCCCAAAAGAUGAGACUACAGACUUACCUGAUGUAGUUUACCACAUGCUUCACAAUGAUGCUCAUGAUCACACAAAUGAGUGUCCUCAUGGUCGUCAUAGUUACAUUCAUAUGAGAUGUGAUCCAACUAUUGCUGAUGAAAAUGGAAUCGUGAAUAUGCAGCCACAAUGUCCUGAUGGUACUUGCAAUGGAUGUGAUUUUUACUUUUUAUGGAGGACUCCAUUGGCGUGUCCUCUUUGUGUAGAGGAUGAUUACGAGGAAGUAGCAGGAGGGUGCUCCCAUGGAAAACUUACCACCAAAUUUUUGUGGAAGACUUACCCACGCAGAUGCAGAGGAGGGGUUCCUCUUCCCGCAUCCAAGGUGGAAGACUGUCAGGACAUCCUCUUCUUCGUGGAGAUUGGAAUUAUAGCAGGAAUUGCUCUUCUAACUCUCAUGUGCACUGCUGUAUGUUGUUUAUGGAAGAAAAGCAAAAAGUUAGAAUAUAAGUACCACCGCUUAGUAAUGGACGCAAGUGGCAAGAAUGGGGAAUUACCAACAGCGGAUAGUUGCGCAUUAUCCGACAGUGAGUCAGAUUUUGAUGACCAAAGCGACGAAGUGGUUUUCCAGAAAAAGAAAGCAAGACUCUUUGGAAAGACCAAUAUGAACGACUACGAAAGCGUGACCCUUCAACCCGUAACCACUGGUGUGUGACCGUUGACCCCUGAUGCAUUUUCGACCCAAAACUUAAAAAAAAUAAGUUUUUUCACGGUGCAAGCAUUUUUAACCCAUUUUAUAAUUUGUAACCAUAUAUAUAGUACUGUAGCUACAUUUCCUAACCACUGUCUGACAAAACACAUAUCCAAAAAUUCCCACUGAACAUACACCCAUUACUGUACUAUAGGCAUUUUCCGAAAUUUUAAUUCAUUUUUCUGCUGUAAAUUUCAACCACUCUUGCCCCUAGCUGGUAUAAAUCAAGCAAAAUUCAUGCCACAUCCAAAAAAUAAAUGCUCCCUGGGUUAAAUAGGUUUAAAGAUCCAAUUUACUCCAUUUUUUUACCAAUCUAUACAAUUUCUUCAAUCAAUUUUUACUGACUGCUUACACCACUACUUAUUUUAACUAAAAAUCUUCAAAAACCUAAUCUUCAAUGUUCACAUAUACAUUCCUACAUUCUAUCCAAUUCACAACCAGUUUUUACAAUAAUCCUAAAGUGCAAUUUUUUCCGCUGGUGCAAAAAUCCGAAUUACUUUUUUUUCCGAAUAUCUACAUGCAGUUACUGAUAGCUUUGCACACAUUAAGCUUCAUUAUCAAACACUUUGAGAUUGUAUUAUACCGUCCGAAUAACACAAGUGGCCCUGCAUUUUACCCUAUAUACCCGUUUUGUAAAUAUAGUCUAUAAUAUACAUGUAUAUUAGGGUGGGGAAAGAUGGGACAUAUUUUAUUCUGUUUUUUUUGCCCCAUGUGGUGGUAAUCAAAGAAAAUUCAAACAGUUAUUAACCAUAUCUUCAUGACUUCCAUAGACCAUAGUUUAAAAUACAAUUAGGAUAUUUAUAUAUUAUGUAAUAAUGGUGUCCUACUUCCCCCACAGCACCCUAUACUUAACCAUGCAGUCUUCAAAUGCUUUUUUUGCACAGUCAUUCCAAAACUUGAAAUUAUCUGUCUUCAAUUUACUAACUCGUGCCAUAUCGAAAAACUUUGUAUAUUUGGUUGGGGUAAGAUGGUUCAUUUUUUAUCAUCUCAUUUGGUAGUAAACGAAGAAUAUAUUCAGAAAUAUAUAACUGUAAUAAUAAAAAUCUGCUUAAGAUAAAAUGUGCUAAAGAAAUUCAUCUUACCCCACCUUUCUGUAAUAAAACAUUUUCAAUCUAAAAAUCGCUAAUUCCACAUAAUGUACUAACUUUGCGGAAUUUUUAAGUUUUUUUGUAAAGCCACCCAUUUUUCUUCUAUCCUAAAAUGAAAUCAAAGCUCCACAAAAUAACCUUAAAAAAAAUCUGCUCUGCAAAAGUCAGAAACCUUGUUACGUUAGACGACAAUUCAGUCAUUCUUCAAAAGUUAAUUUUUUUACGUUUUUUAAACUAAUAACUUGUCAAACCUGCUCCGUUAGUCGUGUGUCUUGUCCGUGUGUAUUAUACCUGUAUAUCAUUGCUAACAUCCAAACCUGUUUUUAUCUUUACAGUUGCACUCCAAAAAUCCCAUUCCGAAUUUUAAUAUUUUUUAACCUUUUAAAUCAUGACUAAAAAUCCGAAUCGUUCCGUUUUCGAUUUUUUGUAUACUUUUUUUCGUUUUAAGCAAUGUUCGUUUGUGUGCAGUAGGCGUUUGGUGUUAAAGGAAUAUAUGAAAACAACGUGUUGUUCUUAUUAACUCUGCAUAGGGUUGCUGCCUCUCUGGCAAAAUAGUUUGGCACUCGACUGUAGACCAGAAGAUUUGGGUUCGAAACCCAACGUUGCUACCAUUGAGGGCGUAUAUGUCUUCUGGCAAGACACUUAACGGAAAUUUCUCCUGCCCAGUGGUCACUUAUAGGUUAUUCUAAUUGUCAGUUGUACUCAUUUGGGCUCGAUGUAUAAUGAAACAGAACACCCCAUGUUAUAACGAUUGUUUUUAGGUUUUUGUAUAUUGAUUCGAAAAUGCGCACGUAACAUUUCAUAAUCUUUUUAAAUAAAAAUACUUAGCGGCUCCAUA